UGUUCCACUCCACUUCAAUGCGUAGACACAACCUUUGCAGUGAUCGCUCUGUGUGGUUCACAAGCAGGGGUGGAUAUCGCAGUUUCAUUCUCUCGCCUGGACUCUCUCACAGAAGCAAAAGAUGUCGAGCAAUACUUCGCCAGGAAAUGGAACAGAAUUUAAUAAGACGUACCCGGCCUUCGCUCUAAUUUUUGGAUCUGUUGCGGCACUGGGUCUGCCUCUCAAUGCUCUGUCACUCUGGAUUCUGCUCUGCCGCCACAGACUCACAUCCCCAAACAUUGUCUUCAUGGUCAACUUGGCAGUCUCAGACCUGCUGCUCGUCAUCUCCUUGCCCAUGAGGGUCUACUUUUAUGCCUCGGGCACCUGGCCGCUGGGCAAUUUUGGAUGCGUCUGUACCAAAAUGCUCUUUUUCAACAACAUCCGCUCCAGCUCCAUCCUCAUCACUUUCAUCAGCGUGGACCGACUGCUGGCUGUGGUUUAUCCUGUGAGGUCACGCUUUCUACGAACCUCGACCAACGCAUGGAGAGCUGUUGUGCUCCUUUGGCUGUUUGUGGUUGGGCUGAACGUACCGGAGAGUGUGGCAUUUUAUAAAUCUUUAGGCAAAUUAAAUGGUUCAUACUGUUUUGAAUAUGAGCAGAGUCUGGCCAUUCCAGCAAGUGGUCCUUAUCACACCUUAUAUGUUCAAGUAGCAUUAGUGUUUACCAUGCUGGCAGUCAACCUCGUCUGCACUGCUAUGGUGUCUUGGACCCUACGCAGACAUCUGAAGGAAUCUUCCAGGGUCAAAAAUAAGUUGAAUGUCAUGGUGAUUUAUAUCAUGAACUUGAUGAUAUUCAGCGUAUUUAUUUUGCCUUUCUCACUGGCAGUUUUCUUUCAAACAAGCGUUUAUCUUACACCACUGACAUGUCUUGCUAGUUGCAACUGCUGUCUGGACCCACUGUUGUAUUACUUCUCCUUCGAUGGCUUCUGGAAGAAAGAAGAGGACGUGGAAAUCCCUCGGCAAGAGAAUCGUUUUCAAUGACAAUAGACAGUGACAGGUGGAAACACCUCACAGAAUAUACAUGAUUUGUUUGUGUGUGGAUGUGCGAUGUGAAAAUCAAUGCCUGGGAUAAUAUAUUUUAUAGAUUAAA